AUGGACCCUGAGAUGAAGAAAUCUCUAGAAACGGAGGUGCAAAAAAAUCAGUUACGAAGUCAAUUCCUGAAAUUAACUGAUGCCUGUUGGGAUACGUGUAUGGACAAACCUCGAGACAAAUUGGACAGUCGAACAGAGGGAUGUUUUAUCAACUGCGUAGAUCGUUUUGUGGACACGAAUCAAACUGUAGUGAGUCGCUUCGCUAAUAUGGUUCAACAACAGCAGUCAGGUUUUAGAUGA